UUGAGGGGGGCGGGGGCGCGGUGAGAGUUAUAUUAUUUAAAAUAUUCUAGUAGGGCUUUCGAGAGAUAGACAGGGACUCCGCUGUCCUGACUUUAGGGGGAAGCUGGUUCUACCAUUGGGGUGCCAGGACAGAGAAGAGCUUUGACUGGGCUGAGCGGGAACUGCCCUCCGGUAGGAGUGGGAGGGCCAAGAGACCAGAGGUGGCGGAACGGAGUGUUCGGGGGGACAGAGAUUUCCAUUGGCAUUGAGGCUUGGAAGGAGAAUGCUGCGCCGGACUGUCUCCUUCCCCAUUGAGGCGGGACAGCUGCAGCAGCUGGGACUACAGUGCUGUGGCUCCCACGGUGUGACAUCAUGCUCGGUGCUCGACCUCCCAGCUCUCCUCAACACUCACCAUGGGCAACGGCAAUGGAAGGAUGAACGGUGGGGCUGGUACCAGGGGCAUGCCGAGGAAGGCCAAUGGGAGGAUGAGGGAGGGCUAGUGGUCACGCCCUCUUCUACUGGUAUGCAAAAUGAUGAGUUUGUCAGGCUGUUCGUGUCAGAGGAGGAGAGAAUCCUCAACUCUGCAGACCUGAGUGCAGAGGAGAGGAGUGACGUUCUAGCAGAGUUGGUGUAUUCCCGAAGCAGACUAAAGCAAUUGAACUCAGAGCUGCAGAGAACAGUGGAGUUAGCCGAUGACAACAACACACUGCUACGCACUGAGAACGCUGCACUGCGCAACCAAGUCAAAGGGAUGAAUCAGUCGAUCCAUGAUGCAGAGCAGCUGAUGGAUGAGCUGGAGGAGAUCCGGAGCUUAUCAGCUGAGAAGGACGGCGCUACGGGCAACCUGGAGUCCUACAUCAAACAACUGGAGAAAGAGAAGGAGAUUUUGGAAGACCAGAUCGAGACCAUUGGCAGUGAGAUGUCCCGUAUUAUACCAGAUAGAGCCACUGACAAGAAGAAGAUCGCUGACCUCAGCAAUGCUCUACAGGCCUUACAGCUACGGCUAGAGGAGAGCAGACUCGCCCUGGAUCAGAGGUAUGAGGUCAUACAUAAGAAGGACUUUGUUAUUGAGCAGCUGGAGCAGUCCCUCACAGAGUACUCCUCCAUCGCACAGGAUCUGAAGGAGAAGAUGAAGGAUCUGGAGAGCCAACUGGCAGAGGCCCUAGUUAAUGGAGGAGAGGGGCGUUACAUGGCGUUAGAUGGGACUCUGUCUGCAGCCACUCAGCGCUCCAUCUCUCUAGCGGAGGAAAUGGGUCUACUGCCACGUAGGAUGGAUGAGUCCUCUGAUGAGGAGGUGCAGGAGCAAAGAUAUGAGAGGGUAGAGAAAGAGGAGAAGCAGAGAGUGGAUGAGAGGAUAGAAAGAGAGGAGAAUGAGAAGAAAGAUGAGGAGGUCAAGGAGGAGAAACAGCUGUUACAGGAGAAGAGAGGUGUGUGGUCAGAUCUGGUGGGAGAUGUCCAGGCAGCAGGAGGUUUCACCCUGGGUUUCCUGGCUCCUCUGGGUGUGCUGGUCUCCAUGGUCCCUGGCUGCUACAACCACUGUACUGGACUCAGCUGCACCGAUAUCCUCUGGUCUACUGCCAGAUACCUCAUACAGCCAUACUGCAACGUGCACCACAUAGGCCUUCCUCCUCUGUAACACAUACAUACAUAUAUAUACGCAUGCAUACCUUCCUACAUACUACCUACACGCACACAUUCAGAAAAACACACACACUAAUCAAACCUCAAUCGACCAACCCUGAUCUUCAACCCUCCCAGGCUGCAAUGUUGCUGUUAACUAAAUAAAACUGAAUACUGCAU